AUGGGUGACGCUGGCCCCCCGAACAACUUCGUGCCGCCGUCUGUGCAAGUAAGCAGCACAAACAACAACAUUCCAGCAGUCCCGGCGCCAGACAUAACCCACCGCCCAGACGUCGACACCGAUGUUGUGAUCAUCGGCACGGGUUUUGGUGGCAUCCGGGCUAUUCACGAAGCCAGGAAGCAAGGCUUUACGUUCAAGGUGUUCGAGAGGGCCUCUGGGGUCGGUGGAGCAUGGCACUGGAACAGCUACCCGGGCGCCCGCACGGAUACCGAGAGCUGGGUGUACAUCUUGAACAUCUCCAAAGAACUGAACGACGACUGGGUCUGGCCAGAGCGAUACCCCAGUCAGGUUGAAAUGAAACGCUACUUUAACCAUGUGGUCGAUCGCUUCGACAUGCGCAGGCACAUUCAAUUCAACACCGAAGUUACGGAAGCCCAGUACGACGACGACAGAAACAUGUGGACGGUGACUACCGACAAGGGGGAGCGGCAUACCGCCACCUACAUCAUUGCGGCGACCGGAUCCUUGUCCUCGAGCCUAAAACCACCGUUUCCCGGCCUUGAGACGUUCAAAGGGCAGUGGCUCAUGACCUCGAGCUGGGGAUACGAGCCGGUAGACUUUGUGGGCAAACGUGUAGCCGUCAUUGGCACCGGUGCGACAGGGGUCCAGAUUGUUCCUAUCAUCGCCCACGGCGCGAAGUCGCUUCACGUGUUCCAAAGAACGCCCAACUACGUGCUUCCAGGCAGGAACUGGCCACUGCACGAGGAGGCGAUGAACGAGAUCAAGCGGAACUAUGAAGACAUGUGGGCCCUGGCCCGAAAGCACUCGAUGGGGUUUGCAAUCCCAACAUACGGAAGGAAAACCAAAGACUACUCAAAGGAGGAGCAGCAAAUGAUACUGGAAGCUGGCUGGGAGUCUGGAGGCUUCAGAUUCAUCUUCGAAACGUUUGACGACAUGACGACGGACCCAGAGGCCAACGAGGUUGCCUGCGAGUUCAUCCGACAUAAGAUUCGAACCAUCGUCAAAGACAAGAAAACAGCCGACUUGCUGUGUCCUCACUACCCUUUCACGGUCAAGCGACCCCCAGUCGGUCAUCACUAUUUUGAGUCCUUCAAUCGGGACAACGUCCAUUUGGUCGACAUCAGCAAGCAACCAAUCAGUGAAAUCACUCCAAAUGGUCUGAAGGUCGGAGACACUGAGUAUGAGGUCGAUAUCAUAGUUUUCGGGCUCGGAUUCGACGUGGCUGUCGGGGCUCUUAUGAAGAUGGACAUCAAGAGUCGAGGCCACGUGCUACACAAGGAUUGGGACGACCGCUUGACAACGUAUCUCGGCAUCGGCGUCCAGGACUUCCCCAACUUCUUCCUCUGUGCAGGUGCACAAGCACCGGCCGUGAACGCACCGAUGACUGUGGAUGUGAGUAUCGAGUUCCUGGGCAAAACAUUCGAGUUCAUGAAGAAGCAUGGUAUGACGAAGGUUGAGCCUAAAAAGGAAGCCGUCGAUCGGUGGGAGAAGGUCAUGAAUGAUGCAGUGAGCAAGACUUUGAUCCCAGAGGCAGCGGGAAAGGUGGGAUCAUGGUAUGUGGGCGCCAAUGUUCCUGGCCAGAAACACAGAGUGCUGUUGUAUUUCGGAGGACUUGCGCAAUAUCUCAAUUACUGCAAUGCAGAGGCAGACUCGGGUUUUGCUUCUUUUGAGAUGAGCAAAGGUCAUCUCGCGCGGAAAGUUAUUGAGAAUGGCGAUCGUGCUUGA